AUGAGCAUUUCUAAAUUAAAAAUUGCGCUUUUCUCAGGGUCUCUUUUAUUAAUACUUUUUUCAUCCGUCUUAUUAUAUAAGAGAAACUUUUUAGAAUAUGAUGAGUUAACUGAAAAAUUUUUAGAUGCCUAUCACUAUUCCAAAGCUAGCUAUUGUGAAGCUAGCCAAAUACAUACAUGGAACUGCGGAGGGUCUUGCUCUUAUCACUAAGAUUUAAGAAGUGCUUAAGUUUUCAAUAAUAAAGAAUUUCAAUCUCAAGCUUAUUGUGGUUAUGAUAUAAAAGCUUAAUCUGUGAUUGUAGCUUUUAGAGGAACAGACUAAGUUUAAAAUUGGUUGAGCAACAUAAAUUUUGUUCCAGUUAAAUACUUGAAUGAUUAGUGCAAAGAUUGUAAAAUUCAUUAAGGGUUUAUGAAUAUAUUAGACAGCAUUUAAUUUGAAUUGAAUUAGUGUGUUAUCAAUUUAAAAAAGUAAUAUAAUAGUACUUCUAUCUUAGUUACAGGACAUUCAUUAGGAGGUGCUAUGGCUACUCUUUUUGCUGUGCAACUUAAGAAACUUUUAAUGAAUAAAUUUUAGUCCUUUGAACUGAUAACAUUUGGCUCUCCUAGGGUUGGAAAUUUGGAAUUUGUAAAUUAUGCCAAUUCACUAUUUGGCAACAACUCCUUUAGAUUGGUUAAUAAAUAAGAUAUUGUUCCUCAUCUUCCAUAUAAUAAUCUUGGAUUUCAGCACAUAGGAACUGAAUAUUGGUUAUUUGAUGAGAAAGAUCCUUUUUCUUUUUUCAUUUGCAGUUCUUCUGAGAAAGGAGAAAGCUCUUUAUGUGCCAAUUCUAAGUUAUUAAAUUUUUCAGUGAAAGAUCAUUUACAUUAUUUUGGAAUCUAUUCUGGUUGUGCUGCUGAAACAUAACAAGAUAAAGAGGCUGAAAAAUAAGAUUAAAAAAAUCAUCAAUGA